GUUUGGGAAAAUUGAAGAUGGCGGCAGAGUCACUGGUAUUGAUCUCGAUCAAAAGGAUUUAGAAGAAAUGUUUAAGAAACUAAAGCAAAAGAUCGCAGAGGAGUCGGAAGGAGAGCAAAGCCCUCUCAGGCAGCAAUCGCGUGAGGGACAGGUACAAAAAAUUUGUCUAGUUACACGCGUGAAUGCCUCUCUUGUAAAAGGACAAAUCGUCUUGUCAAGUCGUGUGUUGCAACUUUGUUCAUGUAGGUAAACUUGUUUAACUUGUCAAUAUUUUAGUCUCCCAGAGGACCAAAGAGCAAUGGAAGUACCACUGAAUCUCCGUCGACCUCAGCAGUGAAAGCUGCUACAACUCCUCGAAGGAAUGAAACAACUAGUUCACCAUCAGCAACUCCGACUUCACAAAAUAAAGCAAAAUCAACACCGCGAGAAGUUCUCGAUCGAGUAUAUAAUCUUCUUGAUGUCAAGGUAUGGUUAGCUUACCAACAUGUAAAGAUCUUACUCAAGCAGUAUUCUUGAAACUCGAAUUAGCAAGCAUUUAAAUCUUGGCAGCCUCUGAUAUAUUUGAUAACUUGGUUGUGCGUCGAUUGCGAUUUGCAUGGAUCAACGACAAUUUAAUUAUCGAGACACCUGCAAUUUUUCAUGUUCUUUUCAAGCAUUUGUAAUUUUUAAUAUGCUUCCUGAUCCUUGAACCAUAGCAUUAAUCAUUGGUACUUCUUUUAAUUCCAGUGACACUUCUCUUUAUGGUACAUGUAUGUUUAUUUCAACUUUAUCAGUAUCAGCAAGUUUUGAAAAAGAAAUUUGUAACUAGUGAUAAAGUUAAACCCUAGAGGCAUAGUAUAAAUGAAAAUAAGAAUAAGAGAGUUUGUUUACUUCUCAUAUCUAACUCAUUCAAAGUAAAUUUAUCUCUUUUUUGAACGAAAACAUGUAUCUUAGGGGGGUGUUUAUGUUAUAUAUAUUUCUUUAUAUAUAAUUCUUGACAAAAGACUUUUUGCAAGAAAACUAUUUUGUUUUGCUUCCCAAAAGGAGUUUCUUGAUUAAGCAAUGUUAUGACAGGAAACAUUUUUUCCCAGGGGACAUAAACUUUUUUCCAGUUUUUUCAUUGUUGUUGUUGGGUUUUUGUUUUUUUAGGACAUAUUAUGCGGGUAAAAGCCUUGGUUGUGUGAUAAGAAUGUAGAAUAUGGAGGAAACCUCAUUCUGUACUCAUUAAACUUUGUGUCUUUCUUCAUGUCUUCCAAUGAAAUUGCAUUUUCUCAGGUUGUAAUUACUGUAUCAACACAAUUCUCUUUAGCCAUCAUUCCUUCCUCCAUGAAAAAAAAAACAUUUUCAGGUCUUGAACUGAUGCCUAAACUGACCAUAUUUGGAAUCAUGGUAUAGUGAUAUAAUAAUAUGAUGGCUAAGCCAAUCAUAACCGUAUAAUUGCAUCAUCCAACGAUUCAGUUUUUAAUGAUCAUAGAUAGCUUAUGAACAAACGGAGUCAGAAGGAAGCAAAAAUGUGACUUGAAUAUACAGUACACUAAUUUAUUGAAACCCUACUUACAACAAAAAUCCAGCAAAAAACUGACAAUGGAAUGAUAUGAAGGGAAUACUAUAGGACAUAGGACAUGGUAAAUAUGAUUAGCCAUAUGGCUAGCUUUCAGAUAUCCCACAUGUACAUGUAGAAUUAAGGCAAAAGUUACAAUACAAAAUUUUAAAUUUGAAUGACUAACUGCUAAGGUUUCAAAGUAGCUAUGAUAUUAUAAUAAUUUAAAAUACCUUAAGCUAUAAUUAUGUUUUAAAUUUAAUAACACAAGUUAUGAAAAUCCAAAAAAUCUAAAACUUUAAACCACAAACCCUGCUAACAAACUCCUUAGUUCCAGCUUAGUAAACAUAUCAGGAAGUACAUUCCAGUGUUUUGCAGCAGCCAAUGAGAAAAUGACUGUUCUGAUAUUGUUAGUUAGAUAUUGGUAGUGGUGUUUUAUUCAUGAUAUAUUGAGUGUCAUGUAACGUUGUACAUGUUGAUGAAUGAUAUCUUCUACAGCCUGGUCAGACUGACUCAAGGAAUGGAGAAAAGCCACAGUCUGGUGAAAGCACCCCACCCAAGAGCACAAGCACUCCUAGCAAAUCAGCAUCACAGGAUAGUAUGAGCGACAAUGAAACUCCCAAGAGAACAGCUGAACAUCAUAGUUUUGAUCCACCACCCAGUCCUAGUUCACUUGGAGGAGGAAAGUCAGAUGCGGAGUCUGAUGCAGAGCAGGGUAGUCAUGGUAACCCUUUGACACCUUCGGGGGUUGAAGGAGUUCCAAAGGAGGAGCUGGUGGCCAUGUUUAAGAAGCAGGAACGAGUUUUGGCGCGUUAUAAGACCAGAUUUUCAGAGGUGAGUGUGACAAUAUAGAACAAAAUAGAAUAUGGUUUACUUCUCAAGUUGAUGUCAUUCAUUGAAGUUUUUGUUUUUUCUGUACACAUGUUUAUAUAAAAGAAAUUUCUCCAGCCUUUUAGGGCUAUCAAUCUAAGGCAUAAAUAAUAUUAACAGAACCAAGGCAGGUAGAGCAGGGAACUGCUAUUAUUUUUAUUUCCAUGUGAAAGGAAAGAUCACACUUACAUGUGUCUAAAUCUUUUGAUUAAAUAAGCGUGAAAAUAAAACUGUGUGUAACAGGUGUUUCUUUCGUAAUUAAGCUGUAAAAUAUACAUGCCUAAAAUUUGCCCAAACUGGUAGUGUUUAGAAAAAUGUAUUGUUUUAGUUACAAUGUACCAGUGUUGAAUACUGUUACUAUUGUUACAUUUUAAAUCAAGUUUUUGUGCACGUAGGUUUUUGUGGUGGAAGUCACACAUGUUCAAAAUUGUUUAAAUCAUUGUGGCUAUCAUUAGUUGUCUGGGCAUUUAAUCAAGCUGAUUGGAAUGUUCAAAGGACAAAAAUGUAAAUUUGAAUGAUUUGUGGUAACUGAUAUGACAACUGAAUGGCUUCAUUUUGCAUAUUUAUUGUUUUUUUCAAAGUAGUUGUAGACGGAAAAAUAUGUAGAGUGUGGAGACAAUUGGCACUCAUAUUUUUGCAAAAGAAAUGUUUUUUAACUUCUUUAAACAGCCUGUAUUGUAGGGGAAAAGAUUUUGAGUUUUUUUCUUUCCAUGAAGCUUCUUGUGAUCAUGGUUGGCAAGUUUUUUAACAAUACAUGUUCUUUAAAUUGAGGCAGUGCUCUUGUAUCUUUAUUGUUCAAGGAACAUGUUUUAAAUCAUGUUACUUUGGGAAGUUGGAUAUCUUCAAACUUUAAAUUAUAUAAUAUCCAGGUUUUAUCAUUUUUAUGAGUCACUCUGCUACCCUGCAAGUAUCUGCGAUUUAAACUUCCGGCAAAUAUGUUUUCACAAUGUUAUCUUGUAUGGGAAGAGACCUUAUGAAAGAGGACAAAGAAAGAAUGACUCUAAAAAAGGUAAAAUGCACACUGUACAUGUGUAUGUUGAUUUGCUACUAAAACUAAAGCAGAGGAAAACAGGAUUAUUGUUAUUCAUUUUUGUGUUUUUGUUAUCAGAAUAUACAGUGUAGCAAAUAAAGAUUCCCCUGUAACGUCUCCCCAAAACUUUAUAGUGUCACCUUAAGCAUCCCACUUUAACAGGUUUUACGGCCCUUAAUGACAGCUCUGGUUAUUAUAUUGUAGGUAACCAAUGUUUCUGUUCCCUGUGACAAAUGUCAAGUAUGAAGGUAAAGUUGUACUGUAAGUGAUUGUAAAUUGAGUGUUUCAUCUUUCAGGUUGUUGAAGCGUACAAGAAUCUCCAAAAGGAAAAUGAAAAGUUACAGGUGAGUUGUUGUGAAAAUAGUUAACAUACUCUGUCUUUGCUGGUACUAAUGUCUUAGCAACGGAAAGAACUUUUUUACAUGUGUACAUGUAGUUCCUUUAGCAUUCUAUACAUUAUAUGCGUAUAAUUAUCUAUGGGACAUAAGUACCUUUUCAGUCUUGAGUAAUGGUCUGAUCCUUUCAAUACAUUUUAAACAGAUCAUUUAUUGAUUUAAAUGUAUGGUAUUGUUUUCAGACAAUGGAAAUUUGAUAUUUCCUGUUGUGUUUGAUUUGUUACCAAGAUAUACAAGAACUAUUAAUACUAUUAAGUAAAUUCAAACCAAUGUUACUUUAACUACACGGUGUAUAAUGUACAUUAUACAACAGUUACAUGUGGUUAUAAAAUUAGUGGAAAUUAUCUUCCUGUAGCCUUGUUUUUGUCUUCUGAGGGAAGGAGGGGUUACUUUGUUAGUAACAAAUAACAAAGUAUACAAACAUGGAUUCAGUUGUAGAUGUACUGGUAUAUAGGAAAUCAAUUACAAUGUGGUUAUCACAUUGAAUGAUAGCAUCAUUCCAACGUGGUAUGGCCAUGAAGCCUUGUUGGCCUUUUCUUUAGUUAACCCAUUAUAAGUAUCACAUUUAAAUUUAAUUGCAGACCUUACCAUUGGUACUUGAACAUCCUUUCUAUCAGUAUAGUUUUUUUGUGUGUGUGUAAUACUAAAACAUUUUGUAAAAUUCUAAGUUAUUUAAGUAAGUCUUGGUCAGCGGUCCGCAAGCAAGAGGGACUCCUUUUAAGCUGUCUGUCCAAAUUACAUGAAUUUUUCACCUUUUAAUUUUUUCUGUCAUAUUAAUUUGUGUCUUCUUCAUUGUUCUUGUAUUAUUUUGAUUUAAUGGCUGUGUAUGUUACAUGUGAGGAGCUUCAAUGAUAAGUUACUUCUAUCAAAAAUUGAACCAAUUAAGAGCUCAUUGAACUUCAGUGGGGCUGAGUUUAGCAAAUUGCUGAAAUGAGUAGACAAACUUGAGAAGACCGUAAAAGCUCUUGAGCUGGAAAACCAAGCUGUCAAAUCUCAGCUUAAUUCAGUCAAUACCAAAGUAAACAAAAACACAGUUCUGUUGUUGUUCUUGUUUCAAAAAGCUCUUAAAAGAAUCUGUUGUCUCUAAAUAUGGAUUGGUUCUUUACAGCCGAUUAUGGACACAGCCCCUUCUUAUUUUUUGUUUGUUUGUUUGUUUUUUAACUUUAUGUGUGUGUACGUGUGUAUUUCUUUAUUUAACGUAUAUGUAAAUAUUUUUCUCCACAUGGCCAGCCACUUAUCAGGAUUAGCAUCUACUGUUUUCAGUGGCUGUGCUCCCCAGCUUGCUAAUUGUCAACAUGUAAUUUACUUUUUUUUUUCCCUGGGGCACUAAUAAAGAUUGAUUGUUGUUGUUUGUUGUUGUUGUUGUUGUUGUUAAGCUAUGACAAAUCAAUAGGUUGUAUUGAGUCAUAUGUACUGUCACUUCAGUAAGCUCCACACGAAAACAAUAAAUCAACUGGUUGAUCAAUUAGUGAACAGUAUAGUCAUGCAGAAUUACACACUGUAACUUUGAUACAAAUUAAUACCUGCUCAGCUAGCUAGUAUUCAUUAAUAACUUGUGAUACAGAUCUGUAGUCAUUGAUUCAUUCCACAGUUAUGAUGAAAUAUUUCACAUCUGAUCUGUAUAGGCUUUACAAUGGUUUGCCUUUUGCUUGCUAUUGUAAUUACACAUACAGAUCUCCGGUUUGUCUUUUAUCCAUGUCUUCAACAACUUAGUGUCUUGUACCUUUUGUAGAAUAAUCUCACUCAGAGUCAAGAUAAAGCACUGAGAAGAAUAUCAGAAAUGAAGGAGGUAAACUGUUUUAACUGAAAUAUUGAAUUACCAACUUCAACUUGUCGUUAGCUCAAAGUCUUUCUCAGCUUUCUUAGUAUUGUAACUAUUAUUAAUGUUGCACUUACGUGUAAGAUACUGGCUCCCUAAGAAGAACAAUGUAUGAGUGACCUAUGCUAGUAUGUGUUGUUAAUAUUUCUUGGACACGUAUGUAAAUGUGUUAUUUCAGUACAGUACACGGUACCUUGUUUUUGUUGGUUUGUGUUUCAAGUACAGGUGUAUAUUUAUUAAUAUUUAUUAUUUUGUGUGAUUUCUCAAAACAAAUAAGUGAGGCUUAUAAGCUGACAAAUAUGUUUGCUCUUUUCAUAGACAAUUGAAUUGGAGAAACAGGCCAAGAUGCACUUGGAGGAAACACUUCAGUUGUCAAUUGAUGAAAAAGAGGAAAUCAUAAAAGCACUUCAGACACAGGUGGAUAAACAUUUAACACAAUGGCAACUCAACUUCCAAAUACACCAUUCCAACACUGUCAUCUUUUUAGCUUACAAAUCAGAAAGUAACAAGCCAAUAGGCAAUUUCUAAGUUACCUCAAGCAUCUGUUUCAAACUGAGGCUAAGUAAGAAGCCAUUGAUGAUAAAAGGAUUUUUUAUUCUCAUCCAAAUAAAACCCAUUUUCAGUCAACAAAGGUUUGGCACAGCCUCGUUUUGAACGUGAGAGUUCUGAGAACAUGGAAAUGACCUAUUAACAACAGCCUUACAACUGUACCAUUGAACUAAAACCAGAAACUCACAAGGGGUUGAAACGUGUAACUCUCAUAUGUUUGCUUUGUCCGAUGCUCGUGAUUAUUCAUUUUCGAAAGUACCAUAUUUGGAACGAGAAGAAGAGAUAACUGACCAAUCAAACUUCGUAAACAACGUGACGUAAUUUUCCUUCAUUUUCCCGCGCCUUCUUAAAAAAAUGGCCGACAAACGGGGGAAUGCUUUCAAAGCCGAGAAAGCUUUCAAAGGUUGAAACCAGGAAUAUUACCGAAACACUGAGCAGGAUAUUAUUGCCUUACCACCUGGGCCAAACGUAACAUUAUGAAACCCAUUGACGGCCUCGCAACUUCUUGAAGUUGUCACUUCAAAAAACGAUGCCUCGUUGACCCUCUGCACAGUAAACUUAUACUGCGAGUUUAAAAGUCUAGAAUAAACAGUGAAAAAUAUUUUCGAAUAAAAUUCAUUGACUGCGUAUCGAAAGUGUCCAAAACCUGAACCUGACAUUUUUGCAAAAAGUGAUGCUUGUAAUGAAUGUGAGAAGUAUUUUAAAAGCUUAAAUUAAACUUAGAUGUUGUAGUCACGAUCGUGUUUUGAGCUAAUUUUAUGAAUGAACAAUCUCAAAACAAUAGACAGAGAAGCCGUUUCUUGAAAAUUUUUAUUUAAAGUCAAAAAAGUUGAUCCUUUAAAGCAAUUCGGAAAACACUAUCUGGAUCGAUCGUGGAUCCGUUCACGCAAGUGACAUCGGCUAAGCACAUGGUAAAAUUCAACACAAAAUCCAUCUCAAAUCAGGGCACAUUUUGUAAUUAGCGCCGAAGAGAAAAAUUUAUAAAACGUCUAUGAAACAUUUAAAAAUACAUAAAUUCCCUUUCAAAAACGUAGUUGUCUUGGCCAUAGGGUGCAAAAUGAACCUGAAAAUUCAGCAAAAACUUCGCUGACUUGGUUGCAUUUCAAAACAGACCAUAGGCUCCGCCGUGAAGAAAACAAGGUUGAAUUCCUCGAAGGACGAUUUCUUGAUGAAAAGCUUCCCUUUCUCCACAAAAAGAAAGCUGAGCAUUCUUUUGAACUUUCUCUUUCCAUUUUUUGUCUUUUAACAGUGUAUGUUUAACCUUGAAAUGCAGAACUCUUGUCUUAAAACAUCUGCAUGGUGAUCGCGCAGCAGCCAUUUUGGUGAAAAUGGAUAUCCGUCACUAAGAUUUCCAAAUAUGGUCAAAACGAAUAUUCACGAGCAUUGAACGCGAGUUACACGUUUCAACCCCUUAUGGGUUUCUGCUAAAACUUGAUACUUGUCUUUGGGCUAGUUAGCUGCAUGUGAACAACAUCUUGACCUGUGGACAAGCUGAUUGUCUUGUAACAUCUCACUCUGAAAAUAAGUGCCAAUUUUUAAUCUUUGUCCUGAGCCUUAAAUGAUCCUCAAGUUGAAGAAUUUGUUUUGAGCUUUCAAAUGUUCGUCAAGCAGUACAAGUGAAAAGGUUAAACAUCAUCUGGGACAUUAGUAUUUUGAAAAAAUACAUGUACAAUCUGUUACACUUUUCAUUUCCAAUUAGUAAAUGUAUCUUAGGAGAUACAAUGUUCCCUCUAUGCACAUGAAUAACCUGCCCUUACUGUACAGCUGUAGCUCCUUUUCUUUAUGUCAAAUAAUAGGUACAGCUUCUAAAGCAACAAGGAUCUCAUGCAAUGCCUACCACUGAUGCCAUAGAUGCAGCUGCACUUGGUAAGCAUUCGUACGUGUAUUGUAAAAUCUUGACAGAAAUACUGAAUGUCUGUUGUUUGCUUUAUUCUUCUUUUCUUAUUGCAGCUUCAAUAUUGCAAGUUACUGUAUGCAUAUGUUACAGGUCAAAAUUAAAGUCAGGUUAAAAGUUUUUAACCUAGGUUGAUUCUCAAUUUCCUUUGUCUCCUAUAAGCCCUCAUUCAUGAAUAAUUAGGGCUAGGAGACAAAGAAAAUAGAGAAUCAACCUAGGUUAAAAAAGUUUUAUCCUGAAUUUCAUUUUGACCUGUAUAGGGAGUGGCUAAUAUUUCAAGUUGCCGGUUAAAUACAACAAGUAGGUGGGGAACAAAACACCUAGGGAUUCCUUUUGGUUCCAUUUUUCUUCCAUUUACCUAUAAAAGUAGGAGGGCACCACAUUCAUAGCAGUCAGGGAAAUUCCACGGCCCCCGCCUCUUAAUGACAGCCGUGCUGUAACACAUUCUUCAUGUACAGGUCAAGUCAAAUUUAGUUGACAAUCUGAUUUUUUUAGGCUUUCUUUUCUCAACUUCAUAAGUUGCAUCUUUAACUGUGAUGAUCUUCUUUGUAAUUUUAAUGUUGAUAUGUAUUUUCAAUUAUGUUACCAUUUUACAGGAUCACAAAGUGAUGAGGAAAAGCUUAAACAGCAAAGUCUGCUGGAGAGGGUGAGAAUAACAUCUUUCUACAUCCUUUUGUAAGUUUAAGGUGCUAGCUUUACAAAGAAGAAAAGCCUCCCUUUAUAUGUAAGUAUAGACGUGAAUUGUAUAGCAGUACAGUAAAGUUUAAUCCUCCAGUCAGUAAUCGUGUUACCAUGGAGUUUUCAACUACAGUUGUAUACUGUACGUUGGUUUUCUCACAACACAGUGUUUUCCAACUUGCAAUCAGUUCCAUUUCUCUUGGUUACUUUUGCAGGAGCAAACUUUGAAGAAAGAUCAGGUGACCGGAAAUCAAAUGAGGGAAGCCAAAGCCCUGAUACUAAGAUUGGAACAAGAGAAGAAAACAGCAAUCCAAGACAUGAUGGACAAUCUGCAGACAGCACUAAGAGAAAAAGAUGAAGCAGUGAAAAACAGCAAUGAAAUGAGACAAGCUCUUGAAGAACGUAAUGCUCGGAAUGAAGAAAUGAAAAAGGAGAAGGAGGAGUUCUUUCACAAGAUGGAGAAGCAGCUGGAGGAAUCAGAGAAACGAAGAGAAAUCACCGAGCUGAAGAAGGAGCGAGAGGUACUCUCUUUUCGAUGCAUGUACUUUAUUUUGAGGAAUUUUGUUAAUUAUUUAGUUUUCAGAAUUAUGUUUUCAAGUUUUUGUACCAAACCUCAAACCUAGUGAUUAGUAUACAAAUACAAACAGAUUUCAAGUAUGAAAACUUUCAGUAUAUUCACAAUUACACUGUACAUGUAGUGUAACUACAGAACGCAGAGCCAGACUUAAAAGCCUCAGGUGUUAGACAUGUAUUUUGGGCCACUGAUAAGGUCAGAAACUAAUGAUUGAAAUAAACGUAACAAGUAAGAAUCCGUACUGGCUGAAGGCAGCAAACCAGUUGGUUAUUUUCAAGUAUGGCCAAGUUGUUGAACUCGGGACUUCAUGAACCAAGGACAACUCAUACCUGUGGUUAGGGUGGGGGCUUGAACUUUCUUUUCAGGGGCCUCUGGGUUUCCUGAAGUCCGUUACUCUGAACACUUGGCUUACUGCCCCUUUGCAUUCUAGUAUUGUAUUGUAGUAUUGUACUGAAACUGCAAUCUCCUGAUUAGAUUCGGGAGUUGACUGCUAAGUUUGAAGCAACAGCAAAUGCAGAGGAAAAGGAAAGAAAAGCAAUGAUGGAGAAGCUAAAGAAAGACAAGGCAGAAGUGGUGGCUCUCAUGCAAAAAGACAAGAGUGAAAAACUUGAGGAGAUGCUUGUAACAAAGGAAAUGGAGUUACAGGGAGCAUUGACUAAGAAAGCAAAGGAAAUGGAAUCACUUUUACAGGCCAAGGAGGAAGAAAUGAGAGCUAAAUACAAUGAGAAGGUACAUAAACACUCACCCUUAGUCUACUGUAGGAGUUUGCCAGUUUAGUAAUGGUUGAUUCUUUGUUUGUGUGUUUGUUUUAAUUUUAAUAUGCUUCAUUUUAAUUAGAAAUUUUCAACAGUUUUCAAAUUCUGUUGCUUCUUUUCCCUUUAUGCCUCAGGUGAAAGAGAUCGAGAUUGCGGUUGACGAAAAGGAGCUCCAGAAAGAAGCAGCCCUGAAAGAGAAGGAGAAAGAGCUUCAGGCCCUUAGAAUACAACUGGAGUCAUUAUCAGAGAGUCUGCAAAGCCGUCAUUCGGAAGCGUCGCGCUCAGAGCAAGAACAAGCCAGUAAAGUAUCCAAUCUGCUGGCCGAGUUACAGAAGGUUACAGUGGAUAAGAAAGGCAAGUGAAACGUUGAAUUAAAGAAGUGUGAAACCGUUUUCAUGAAGAGAUAGGUAAGGCAUCACGUUUACUGUGCAGAUGACCACGCGGAACUUUCUCAUGCCAUAUUUUUAACAUUUUCCGUGGUCAACGUGAAGAGGAAUGUCCUAACGUUCUUAAAAACCGAGCGUUUGAACUACAUGUACAUUCGUAAUGGUUGCUUUGAUUGAUUAAUGCGCAAAAAUGACUGUGUACUUCAAUAAAUUGGUUGGUUCACUAAAAAUCAAUAUUUCAGACUGUCUUUGAAUCUGUCAUAUCAAAACGUUGGAUACUGCAGAAGUGAGCGGAAAUGUUCCUGACAACAUUGUAGCAAAAAUUUGGUUUUUCCACCUGAGCUGUUAACGCUAAUUUACCACGCUUAAAAAGACUUUCUCUCUUCAAUUGAUGAAACCAAAUUUGUGUGUUUCUGUAGAAAGUAAACCCCGGUCCCUUGUUCAUACAUAGGUACAGUUACAUAUUAUAGUUCGUUAAAUUUGCUUAAAAUUUUUGACAGAUUUGGAACAGAAGCUGUCGGAAACUCGUCAGAAACUCGACCAAGAGCAGGUUUGUUACCUUGACCUCUCUCGUAAUGAUAACUAUUCUUUGACGCUCUUAACACCUUGUUCUUGUAUCGAGCUAGGGAGAUCAAAUAGGCCCAUUUUAUUCAGUAUCCAACACUGCGGUGUAUCUGUUUUUGUGGACUAGGAGUAGUCUUCAAUUGGUCUUGAUUCUUUAGUCUUAAGGCUUUGGUUUGCCAGUCAGUCUCGUUUUUGUUUGUUGCUGUCACGAGCUUCGUCCCUCCCUCCCUUGCUCCUCCCCCUCCUCCUUCCUUGCUCUAUACCUACCGCAAAUCCUCUAUUAACCCCCCCCCCCCCCCCGGGGCUUUUUUUUUUUAAAAAAAUUUGGGGGGGGGGGGUUAAAAAAAAAGGGGGGGGGUUUUUAGGGGGGGGGGUUUUUUUAUUUUGGAGAGUGGGUUUGUUGGGUUUCCUCUCACACCCUGAAAGGAAGAUGGGAAAAGCUAUGGUACAAUCUCCUUACCCGGGCGUGGAAGCUCCUUGUACCCCCCCCCCCCCCCGAGGGCUUAUUUAUUUCAACCACAUUUGAGGGGGGGAGCUUAAUAGGCACGGUGGGGCUUAUUAGAGAGGGGGACUUAUUUAAUUUAGCGAAGAUGGUUGUAUCGCUUCUCCAUCAAGACCUAGAAUGCAGAAUGGAAAAGCUCAUGUACAAGAAGUUGAAGGUCUUUUAACACUUGAAUAAACCAUCCUUGAUAAGUCCACACGAAGUUUUACAGUCGUGAUUGAUUAAUACAGUCUAUAAUUUAUUAGUGAAGAAUAAUUAGGGGAGGGAAGGGGAGGAGAGUGGGACUUAAAAGAGAGGGGGGCUUAUUAACUUUCUUCCCCUGAAAAAGGGGGGUGCUUAUAUUUGAGAGAGGGAGCUUGAUAGAGGAUUUACGGUACAACUAUUCGCCUCAGUUGAAUAUUCCAUGCACUUUAUACUUUCAACCAUAACGUUUUUUUUUUUUUUCAUGUUUGUUCAGAGGUGAGUUCCUUUUUGGCUGUACAACACAUGCAUUCAAUCGAGAGCUAAGAAAAUCAUCGUGUCGAUCAAUUCUUUCGAGUUUUAAGUAAUGAUGUCUCUCUUGUAGGUUAAGAUCUCCGAGAUGGUUCAGCAACACAGCAAUCUUGUGCAAGAAAAACAGGACGAACAACUUAAGAUGGUGAACAAGUUCAAGAAAAUGCACCAAACUAAAAUCAGUGAAUUAACCGAGGUCAUCAAAAAGAGCGAGCAGACAGUGGCCGAGAUUGAAAAACAACGGAAAGAGGAGGAGGAACUUCAUUUUAAAAAAUUGGAAGAAAAGGAACGGGAGUUUGAAUUGGAAAAACAGUCAGAGCUAGCUCGCGUCUCUAAACGGAUGGAAAGCAAAACCAACGAAAUGAAAAAGAUCGUUAAAGAGCUUAGGACUAAACUGACUGAAAAAGAAAAUCAGGCUAAAGAACUCGAGGAAAAAUUGAUUCUCAUUCAACAAGAAACUGCUACGGAAAAAAGCGCGACUGUGAGUGACUUUGAGAAGAAAAUUGAGACUCUUCAGAAGCAGCUUGCGGAGAAGGAGCGUGUUGUCCAUGAACUUGAGAACAAAGCUAAGGACAUUGAACAGAAAAAGUUAAACGAAAUCGAGGAAAUUUCCAAGGAUAGAGAUAAUCGACUCAAGGAAAAGGAACGGCAGUUGGUAGACGUGAAAGGAAAGCUUACGGAGAAGGAAUAUUACUCCAAAGAACUGGAGAAACAACUUCUGGAAAUGAAAACUGAAAAGGACAAUGAAAUUGAGGCAGCUAAACAAGAAGCUGCGGUAAAGAUAAAAGAAAUUGAGGCUGGAUUUAGCAGCAAACGGGAAGAAGAACUGAAAGUUCUGCAAUCAGAGAAAGAAAAAGAAUUUAUGGCAGUCAAAGACGUUGAAACUAAAAAGAACGAAAUCGAAAGAAUCAACGCUGAACUCAAAAAAAGGCUUAAGGAAUCUAUGGACAAUGAAACCAAACUAAGAAAGGAAUUGAACUCUGCAAACGAGAAGUUUGUAAAACAACUUGAAAACUGCAAACAGAAAUAUGGAGAUGAACUUCAAAAAUACAAAGAGCAGUUACUUCUCGUUGAAGAAAGGAAUCAUCGACAGCUUUCUGACUGUCAGAGUAACUACGAGAAACAGCUUUCAAAUUUAAAAGAAAAGUAUGAGGAAGCUCUUAAUAAAAUCAAGAAGGAAAAAUUACUCGUCGAGGAACAGUGUAAGCUAGAGUUGCAAAAAAUGCGCGCGGAACUCGAUGACAAAACGACAGCCGGCAAGGACGAGCUAGGCUUUAAAGAGGCAGAGCUUAUUAGUUUAGGCAAAAAAGUUGAAAGUUUAAGUUCUGAACUUAAAGAACAAAAAGAACAAUCACAACGGAGCAUUGAUGAACUGAGCAAAAGUAUAACGCUUAGAGAUGACAAGAUUGGUAAACUGAAGGAAAGGUUGAAGGUUGAACAAGAUGCGCUUACAACACAGCAAAAACAACAAACUAAAGCAAUGGAGGUUAAAGAACAGGAAAUCAAGGAGAUGUUGAGUAAAAUGGAGAAUGAAUUUCAGCAGCAACUCCAGGAGAAAGAUGAUGUCGUGAGAGAAAAACUAAACGAAAUUGCACUCCAACAUGACAUGGGAGUCAAAGAUGUUACAGCUAGCUUGGAAAAUAUGAGGAAGGAGGAACUAACAAGAGCUGAAGAGCGACAUCACUCAGAAAUAUCAGAACUUAACCUUGGUUGGGAAAGAAAGGUGGUCAGUAUACGAAAAGAACAUGAAGAAAACAUGGAAAAGAUGUUAAACGAAGCUAGAGAGAAAGAAGACAACCUGGUGAAUGAGAAUGUGAACUUAAGAAAUGAGAUCAGCAAAAAAGAAAAAGUUCAACAAGUCCAGGUGGAAGAACUGCAUUCUAAAGUAAACGGCGUUUUGGAGGAGAAGGAAACGGCGAAUGCGAAGGUAAGAGAAUUGGCGGAUGAAAACAAACGCUUUAGACAACAAAUUGAGAAUAUUAACUUGGAAAUGGAGAGUAGAAUACAUUAUCUGACAGAGAAUCAUCAACAUGAAAUCGAAGACAUUAAGAACCAGUCAUUUCACGAGGUUGAAGAACUUGCCUUACAGCAGAAAAGUGAUUUAGCGAGUCGCGACAACGAAGUUGAAAAUGUCAAGAAAGAGGCAACGCAGAAGUUAGAUGAAGCAAUGCAGCGGCAUAAAGAUGAGAUGGAGGAGAUACGAAACAGUUAUCAAGCAAAGCUAGCUGAAGUCACAAACACUUACCAACAGGAUUUAGCGCAAACAAAGCAGAUUUAUGAGAAGCAAAACAUAGAAAUGGAAAAGCUGAAAAAAUACCACGAGAUUGAACUGAACGAGCUUCGAAAGAGCCACGGAAAGCAAGUUGACGAACUGUUGAAAUCUGGUGAAGAAGAUAAAUAUAAGGUCUCUAGUCUGGAGCAACUGCACCGCGAAGAAGUUCACGGCUUAAAAGUAAAGAUUACCGAUCUUGAAGCUAACAUCGCUAAGCAGACUGAAGAUUUCAACAGGUCAAAAGAAGAAAUGAGAGUGAAGUUUAAUGAAGAAAAGGAGGGUUUGAGAGAGCAGUUUGAACAGCUAAAGGUAAAAAUUUCGGAAGCAGAAACGCAGCAUCGGAGUAAAAUGGAAGAAUUACAGAGGGCGGCUGAAGAGAACGAGAGGAAAUUUGAUGUCGAAGAGAAGAAACUUAGAGAGCAAGUCGAUGAACUUAGUAAAGCUGCAGAGGAAAGAAGAUUAGCAUUUGAAGACCAAGAAGAAAAGUUGAAAGGCGAAAUUCAGAAACUUGAGGAGAAAUUAGGCGAAACAGAGGCUGUGAAUUCGAUCAAAAUGGAUGAAAUGACAUUGUCGGCUGAGCAAAUUAAGACAGCUUUCGAUCACGAAGAAAAGAGACUAACAGAAGAAAUUGAAAACCUGCGUAGGUCCUGCAGUGAACAGAGGGAAGAACUUGAGAGGUUAUCCAGGGAGUGUGAAGGAAAAGUUACAUCCGAAGAGAAACUCAAGACAGAUAUUGAAAAACUUAGAGAAGAUCAUAAGACUGAGCUUGAAUCUUUGAUGCAACAAGCCAAAUCAGCCAUGGUAGAAACUCUUAAGAAGGAGACUGAAAAACUGAAAGAACAACAUAACAAGGAAAUUCAGUCGUGGAUGCAAAAGACGAAAGAGAUCCAAACAAAACACCGUGAUGUGGAGAAGAAGUUAAAUGAGGAAUUGAACAACUUGAAGAAAGAACAUGAUAAAAAAGCUCACGAGCUAGCAAAAGACAAGGAAAAGUUUGUUAACGAACUACACAAAGCUAAGGAGGCCCUUGCAAAGCAACAUGAUUCUGAGAAGAAGUUGAGCGAAGAAUUAAAGAACUUGAAGAAAGAGCAUACAAAAAUGGCUCAAAAUCUCCAGGAAGAGAAGGCAAAAGUUGUUGAAGGAGAGAAAAGAAUGAAAGCUGAGCUACAAAAAGUUGAAACGGAGGUAAAGCAAAUGUCCGAGGCCACCUCCACAAAUCUCCAGAAGAAACUAGAUCAAGCGAAAAAAGAAAGAGAACAAGAAGCGCAGUUGUUAAAUACGAAAUGGAAGGGAAAAUGCGACGAGAUCAACCAAAGGUACUCGAACCAGAUACAAAACCUACUGCAGCAACAUGAUGAAGAGAAAAGAAAUUUGAUCGGAGAGCAUUCCAAGGCUUUGGAAGAACUAAAGAAGAAAAACAGCGAGGAACGGGCGGAACUGGAAGAGAAAGCGAAGAACCAGAUGGUGGAGGCUCAGAACACAAUAUCAGAGCUUCAGACCAAGGUAAAUUGGUGAAAAUAAAAACACGGCAAAGGAACGCUUGAACCCUUGAAUUAGAGUCUUGCAUUCUAUGGUCGUCUGCACGUACCUUUCUUCCACACGUCAUACAGUACCUCCACUAAGAUUUUUCUUUAGGAAAUAACCCUGUCUCCACCAGUAUAAGUCAUGUCCAUCGGUGAAUUUCCAAAUUUCUGGCUAUUGGGUAGAAAUGGCACAUAUCGUUGUUGGGUGUCCGCGUAUAUCAUAUGCCCAUUUUUAUUUAACUGCAGUUGAGAUUAUCGUGGAAGUCUGCGCCAAAGUUGCAACUUGAAAGUCAUAAUUCAUUUAGGUGAAAGUAGUUUCUGUAAAGGCCUGUGAAGGCUGACUCUUCCCCAUUCGUCUCUCAUUAUUAUUAUUUGGCGUGGAAGACUAGAACGGGUUCUUUAAUGAAGGGGAUGACGGGAAGGAAGAAGGAAGAGAAGGUCUUCCCCCCUCUCGCCUUACCUAGUAAAUAAUUAAUGAAUGGAGACAACUUAGAGACGACUGGAGACGAGUCAGCUGUGAAGGUGAAACUCGAAGUCCAGUGACGGCAAAACAAAACAGUCCACAAGACAAUCUUGAUGUUUGUCCAGUACGUUCAGGAAGUUAAUCGUAAAUUUUUUAAAUAAGUGAACUCCUCCUUUAGCUUAUGAUCAUUUCCCUUUGAAGAUUUGCCGCUCUGAUGGUUGUUUACUUUACCGGCAGUUUCAUAUCUGCGAUCGUUUACUUCAAAUCUGCUUGCAUGAGUUGUCUUCAAUGUUUUUCUCGUUAUUGCUCCAAGAGAGAUCUCUGUCAUUGUUAACAGUGUUCUUUUUUUUUAAUCUGUUAGGUUAAAAAGGCGAAGGAAAAGAUAAAAAACAUGAUUAGCAAACAUGAACAAGAAAUCAAAGAGUUAAAAGAGAGUAAGGACAGCACCGAGAAAGAGUUGAUAACAGUGCACGAGUGCGUGUCAUCAUUAAGGAAGGAAGUAGCAGAUACCACGGAAAGUUAUGAAAACAAACUCCGGGAGGCCUCCAAACGCGAAGAGGAAUUGCAACUUAAGAUUGUUUCUGGAGAAAGCAACAACAAAGCUGUUGAUCAAAAAAUGGCAGAGUUAAGCAAAGAAAAACAGGAAGCAAUAGACGCUGCAGCUUCUAAGGAAACAGAGCUGCGGCAUCAGCUGCAAACGGUUCAGGCAGACUUACAAAGCAAAGUGGAGGAUUUAGAAUCAAAGCUUACAGCGAAGGUAAAGGAGCAUUCAGAACAGGUCAAGGAGAUCCAAGACGAAAAAGAGAAACAAUUAGAAAAGCAAUCGGAGGAACUUACGGCGCAGUAUCGAAGUAAGUUGACUGAGAUGAAGAAAAAAGCAGAGAGCAAGAUUGCUGGUUUGAGAAAACAGAUCAACACACAAGCCGUGGAGAAAGAAACUGAGUUGUCUAACGUCCAGGAGUCUUUACAUUCAGCGGAAAACAGAAUUAAAGAACUUGAAACGAAACAUCAAGAGGACGUAGAUAAUUUAAAACUUGUUCACCAGGAAGAGCUAGCAACGAAACUUGCGGAGCUAAGGCAAACCUGCGAAGGUCAAGCUGGAACCCAAGAAAAGGAGUUUCGGAACCAAAUUAUCAACCUUGAAUCACAGAACAAAGAGCUGUCUGAAAACGUUGAGAACCUAGUUGUGGAAAAAAUGGAUGCGUUACACGAACAAGAAGCAGCUCUAAAAGAUGAGCAUGAAGCGGAGAUGGAGAAUCUACGAAAAGAACAUACUGGCGAGCUUGAGAAAUGUGAAAAGAGAUUCAAAGCCAAAAUGGCAGACAAAGAUCUGGAAUAUAAUUCAAAAAUCAAACAGCUUCUGCGAGAGUUUCAGAUAAAAUACAGCGAAAAGGAAAGAGAGCAACAGGAAACUGUCGGUGAAUUGAUUGAAAAGGGGCAGAGAGAAGAACAGAAAAUUAUCGACGAGUAUAAAACUGAAAUCAUUGAGUAUCAAAGAGAACUAAAACUACGAGAAGAUGAAAUGGUAGCUUUGAAAAACUCCACAGCAGAACGGUUAGAACAAAAAGGCAGUGAAAUUGAAGAGCUUCAAAGGGAACACACGGAAGCGUUACAGAAUAUUGAGAGAGAGCAUCAUGAAACGAUACAAGAGAUGGUGAGAAAAAAUGAAGAAGAUAUGGAAAAAUUACACGAAGAACACAGAGCAAAAGUCGACGAAAUUCACGAGAGAUACAAGAACGAGCUGGAAUCACAGGCUCGAGACCGCAAGUCCGAAGUUGCGGCUGUCGAAAAAAAGUUGAAGACUCAAAUGAAGAAAAACCAGAACGAAAUGAAAAAGUUGUUGAAUCAAAAAGAGUCUUUUAUACAGGCGCAGAGCGUGGUGUUGACUGAGGCAGAACCUGGACAGCUUCAAAGAACAGGGUCGUCCAACUCACUUAAUAGCGUAAGUCCAGGACGCUGGAAUUCUCACAGCACAGGAACUGCACUUAUGCUCAUACAGCAUCGCAGACUGACUGCAUGAAGACCCACAUAACCUGACAGUAAACAGAACUUUAAUUUGACGUGACUGGUCACUGAUAUCUAUUGGGUGUUGAUCACGUUAGCGUGUUUUAUAUUUACUCAUUCAUUUAUUUAUAACUUUGUUUGGCUGCUUGCUUGUUUGUUUAUCUUUGCUGUUACCACUUAAGAAAUUGGUUAAUUCUUAUCAUUGAUUAUACGCGACAGGGAAUGCAUCACAAAGUUUCUUUUGGCGGGUUUGUUUUUAUUUUAAGUUUUUUCUUUUGCGGCUUUGAACUGUUGAGCACGUUAAUACUGAACAAAACACAGUAAUCCUGCCUUUCUCCUCUCCUGAGCAAAGUCACUUCUUUGAUACCAACAUAAAAGAUGUUGUUCUUGAAAAAAAAAUGAUGGCCCAGUACGUCUAGAUGUUUCUUUAUCUUGCAGUGUUUGCGUAAUUGCAUAAUUGUCCAAACUCACCACGAAAACUUGAAUUUAACGUUACAGCUGCCUUAGUCCAGAGUUUAUGUUAGGAUUUUGGAAUUUUGAUGGUCCAACUUUUGAAAUAUGCCAGCUCUCUUUCACAUCUUCACAUUCCAACUUCCUUAUCUGAACUCAUCAGCGGUUAUGUUCAGUUUACUUAAUGUUCUUGUUUUUUGAACAGGAGCCAUCAGAAGAUUCAAGUCAAACACUACUUAAGGUAAGGUACAUUUUUGCAGCCUAAUAAAGGAAAGUAACGUUUUUGACAUUAUAAGUAAUAAUUCACUAAAUCCUUUAUAUCAAAAAAAUCAAAAUGAGUAUUCGUGCUUGUUUUAUAAACUGCUUAAGCUACUUGGAAGAGGAAAGAAGUCGAAACAAGGAUUUGAGAACACACCCGUGGGCAUCGAACUCGGGACCUCUUGCACAGAAGGUCACGCACUAACCAUCUGUGACAAUUCUUGCUCCGGUUGUGCGUCAUUUUUAUCAAACAAAUUCCAUUGUAUUGAAAACAGAUCAUAGGAUUUCUCAAAGCUGUUGCUUUCUAUUUGCUCAGGAUCAAAUCACGAAGUUGCGGGCGGAAGUCAGUCAACUAAAGGAGCGCGAGGAAUCACUUAAAUCACAAGUAGGUCCAGUGCUAACGAGUUUUCAGAAAAGGUUAUUGUUAUGAGCCUGUGGUGCCUUCAAAAAUGUUUGUCACUAACUGAGGUGUUGAGUGGUAUGAACCCUGUAGUCAUGUCAAAGAUAAGGUGAAAUAUGAUCCUCCGGGUGGGGGUGGUUCUAAACAGCGCUGUUGUUGACAGUGACUGACGUUUCGACAACCAUUGAGGACUAAGAAAGUGACCGGGUUCGUACAGAGUUUUGAAUUAUUGAAAAAGUCUUGAAUUUGCCCAGCAAUUUUCCAGGGCUGAAAAAAAUCUGUAAUAAUGGUAAAAAGUCUUUUUAUAAGUGAAUUUUUUUUUAUUUGUGGUCAAAUCGUUGAACUAAGUCAACUGUACUCAUGCGGACAGUCAUAUUUCACUCAGUUAUAAAACAUCUGUCCCCUGUUGAGAGUUACUGUGCUGUCACUUAUUGUUCUGAACAAGGUGGAUCAAAGCUUUGAACUCCUGAAUUGUGAUCAUGGAAAUUGGUAUGUCGAGCUAUCAGGCCAAACUCUCUUAGGUUUCUCUUUACUUUCCCUUGCAUGAUGUUUUUAGGUUGCAUAAGGGUUUAUAAUGUUCAUAGUCAGUAGUAAAUCUUUUACCUGUAUGAUUGCGUGACUAGACUAAGCUGCCGCGCUUUACGUACCUGUGGCUUCUGUCCAGUGCGUGUAAAAGGCUCCUUAGUAAUAGUAAUACUAAUUUUGCUAAUAUUGUGUCGCUUGUGCUUUUUUCUUUUCUUUUUUUUUUUUUUAGAUUGAUCAACUCGGUGGAUCGCCUCUGAAAGGCAAAGCAGAUCGACCACCUCAGCUGAAUUUAGUAUCGAACCCAUUGUCUGAAAAUUCUACUGUGUACGACCCAGCCCCCAAGUCUCCAGUUGAGCCGACAGAAUUUGAGGUGUGACUUGCUUAUUCAUUCUUUAUCUUAUUCUCUGCAUCUUCCACGCGUCUUCUUUUUUUCUGACUUACUGUCUCCUUGACUUUGCAGUAUCUUCGAAAUAUUUUGUACGAAUACAUGAUGGGACGAGAGCGAAAGGUGAGAAGAUGCAAUUUGAACUACGUACGCAUUUUAUAACACAGAAAUUCUCAAGGUUUACGUACGCCCCUCUUAUCUUCUUUUCUUACCUUUUAGCAAAUGGCCAAAGUGCUGGUAGCCCUUUUACGAUUUAGUGCCAAACAACAAAAAGAAAUUUUACAAAAAGUGGAUGAACAAGUUAGUCAGGUAAGUGGACCAUAUACCACACUGCACCUUUCAGCACUUCACUGACAGAAUUUUUGCAGGUGAUUGUGACACCGUGCCUAAAACCUAAUUUUGCGAUUUCCCUAACUUUACAAAAGAAAGUCAGAAUUGCUGUUAUUCCAAUCAAAGUUACUGAACAAUAAGGCGGUAUUGUUUAUUAUUAUGCUCUUUAGAAGGUUAGGCACCUGCUCAUGAGAUAAGAAAAUGUAUAGGCUCUUUUGAAAUACGUGUUUAUGGUAAUUGUUCCUACUAUUACUUUUACGUGUUCUUUUGACUGCAAUUAAACCCUAUCUUAAAACUCGCGAAUUUAAAUAUAUUUGAAUUGGUGAAUAAAAGUCUUCAUUCAACGCGACUGACUUUGACAACUUAAACCGUAAAUGUAUACUUCUACCUUUUUUUUCUCUUUUUACACUUCCUUCCGGUUUUGUUGAUGUUUGUUUGUUUGUUUGUUUGUUGUUGUUGUUCGUUUGUUUUAGAUAUUCUUCAAGUCGAUAGAAACUAAACGGAAUCAAGCACACUCUAAAUAUGUUAUAAAACGACCUUAAAACAUUUCGUCAUAUAUUUUAGAAAGCCAACUUUUUGACGUCAGGUCUCUGGGUGUUUAACAAAUGUAGCAGGCAAUAAAUUAUAAAGGCGUGAUAACUGUAAAUUGUCCUGAUUGGUUCCACCAAUAAAAGAUAACAGGAUCAAGAGAUUUCCAUGCAUUGUGAAAGAAUUGUCGUUGUCAAGAUAUGUUUUGAUGAUGUGAUCUGGGGAUGAUAACAGUUAUGUUUGUGAUUAUUUAAUUUUUGUGCUUUUUGAUUGGCUGAAUCAUCUCACGCCCCUUGAAGCAUUCCUAAGUAAAAUCGUAACGCAUGUGACUUCCUCGUGCGCAUUUUCGCCUAUCUGAAGCAGGCUAUCUGUAUUCGCCAUUUGCACAUCUCCCAUAAUACUCCUCUUUUGCCCCCCAAAAUUUUGCAUAACCUUUGUUUUUCAUUUCUCCUGGGUGUUACAGCCGUCCCAAGAGAAAUUGAAAACAAUGCUUUUACAAAAUUUUGGGCGGCAAACAAGGUGCAUUUUGGGAUAUGUGCAAGUGGCGAAUUGUGAACAAGCUGUGGUUCAUUUGAUCGUUUGCGCUGAACGUGUUUGGCCAAACUAACAUCUGCGCCGGCACUUUGCUAAGUUUUGAAAAUCGUAAACUCAAAUAAAACAGUAAGAUAAGAUAGUAUUAACAUGAUCUUUUAGCAGGAGACCAGUGUUUGUAAACGAAUAAAAUAACUGUAAAUCUCUGUUUUGUGUGUCCAAAUAAUAGUUAAAUUCAGUGUAAUAUAACUGUGCAUUGGCAUUGCACUUUCUUAUAACUUUCCUUUUUGAUAAAAAUGUCUUGAGAAAUCUAUAUUUCGGCAGGCAAUGCUCAACUAAUGGCUUUUGACUACAUACUUGUUACAAAGUUGUCGUAAAGUUUUUUUUUCUUGUUGAAAAAAACAUGUCUAGAUUACCUUUUAGUAUAAAAUAUCGAUGUAGCUUUGAAUUAGUUAACCCUCGUUUAACUCUGUAAAGGACAUCACUUGAACUGCUAAACGUCUGUUAAAAUAGUUAGUUGCCGCCUUUCAAUACACUUGUACUGACAGAAGCCUUGCGUGAUUGGAUCGGUCACACAACAGUUUGCCUCACCCAUAAUACGUGUCACGUCAUUUGACUUCUUGUUUUGCCCUUUCAGGGUGGUUUGUUUUCGCCGUUUAGGUCGUAACGCAGUCCUGUUUUUUCACGCUAGAAGGUGAAGAUGCCAUGUAAGCAUCAUUAGAUCAGAGAAAUAGCUUAGAUAGGGCAAGGUAGUCGUCUUAGAAGCACUUUACAGUGCUGUUUACAUGGAGCUGAUCGUAUGCUCUCGAGAUAGGUUGAAGAGAUCAUUAUUUUUUUAUACGAAAUUUUCUGACAAAUAAUUAUAGUCUAAAGCUGGGUCCUGUCAAAGCUCCUUAAUACGGAUAUUAGAAGGUCAGACCCAACUGUCCGCAUUACAGAUAAGGCAGAGAUUGUAUGUAGUUCUACUUCUUUGGAGCCAGAAUCCACAAUAAAGUGGAGUGGAACAAGGGCAAUUUUGUAUUGGCAAAUGAACUGCCGUCUCAUAGCACCUUAACAAGUAUCUCAUUUGAUCAAGCGUUUGUUUCCCAUCUGCUGAGAAUAGUUCAAUAUUUUUUUUGAAGUGUAUUUCGCUGCUAUCGCGAAAGAGUUUAUCAUGUCGCUUAUCCCUUUGAAGUAAUUUAUAUGUUGUUUACAUUACCAUACCCCAAAACAGAGGAAUAAAUUUAAACAAAGGAUAGAAUUGAACCACAACAUAUAUAUGCGCAUAGUUUUAUAUGAUCUUGAUUUUGUGGCUUGUCUCUCUGACUAACUGAUUGUAUCUCUGUCAAUCAGGCUGUCUGAGGGACAAAUUUAUUUGACUGCCUGACUUGCUGACUGUCUGUCUGACAGAUUUUCUGACUUACUGACCGUCUGUCUCAUUGAUUGUCUGUCUGACGGUGUGUCUGUGACUGUCUGGCCUAGUGAAUGUCUUAUGGCACUGACUGCUGCAGAGUCUUUUCAGACUUUGUGUUGCUCACUUUCUGCCUUACUGGCAAGUUAUUUUUUAUGCCUACGUCUCCUAACCAUUAAUCGUUUUCGUUUGUUUUAUUUUUUAGGGAAAGUCGAAGUCGUCUUCGUGGUAUUAACAAAAGUGGAUUCCCUCGAAGUUAGAAUCGUGGAAUUUAAAAAUUGCCCCAUGUAGCGGAAUCCUCAUUCCAGAAUCCAGGAAAUUUCUGCUUGUGGAAUCUGGAAUCUGGUAUCUGGAAAUUUGAGUUUUGGUAUCCAGAAUCCUAGGCUUUGGGAUCACGACUACAGCUCAAGGAAUCCUGAAUCCCACUAACUGUUGGAUCCGGAAUCAGCCUUUCACUUACCAAGAAUCCGGAAUCCAGUAGCUGGAAUCCGGAAUCCACGGCGUAAAAUCCGGAAUCCAAGACUGUCUUGCAUUCCCUUAUAUGGGGCGAUUUGAAAGGCCUUGUUUCUCACUGUCAAGUAUUUUUUUAAAAGAAAGUUUAAAGGUUUUGUAUUCUUUUCGUUAAGCUUUUUUGUUGUAGACCUGAACAUCGGUUCUCAGGUAAAACCAGUAUUCAACUUACUUUGAUUCUGGAGUUGGUUUUUUCUGUACCCUAAUUAUUCAUAGGAGGCUACAACAAAUUCUGGUCCAACCUGAGAACGAAUUUUACUAACAACACAUGCACAAAUAUCGAAUUGGUUUUAAAUUAUGGUGGCAACAUUAAAGGCUAUUUAAUAUUAUGAUUAUUAACAAUAAUUGUGUAAUGAACCAAAACAAGCUGCCACUCUUGUUUUGUAAAGGUAUACAAGGUUAUUGUUUUGUCAAAAAUUGUAAAUAGUUUAAAUUAUGGUUAUGGUCAAGAAAACAUUGACUGUCCUCUCUAGGGCCUCGAGUUCGAAAAUAUAUUUUUUACCAUUAUUAUUUCAUCGACACUCGUCCUUCGAGGUAACCACUACUUCCAUAUGAGGUGGUAUAUUACUUUGUUCACAUAAAAUAGAGAACCAUGUAUGGGCUGUUUUAAUUUCCCAUUAGAACGUAUUUUCGUUUCGUAUUUUCGUUUGAUAAGGCUACUAGAUGAUAUGGGUUUAAAACGAAUCCAAUAUCCAGCCAUCGAACAUGCUUGGCCAAUGAAAGAUGUAUUUUAUCACUAAAAGCAGAAACAGAGCAGGAAAGAUAUGCGUCGGCCACCCAAUCAGAACACAGCGUUUCCUUUAUCUUGCCCUCUCGCGGAGUCAGCCAGAAAUAUAUAAAAGAUAUUACAAUGCGUACGCAACAGAAUUCUCUUUGACACCAAGAAAAAACCUCACCACACGUGUACUCAAGAGUUUCAUCAAAUUGUUCUGGUAGUUUUAAGCUCAGUUUCACCACUAUUGGUCAUACGCUGCAUUGUCUCUAAAGUUUUAUUUACUUACUUAUCUAUGCUGUUUGUUUCUAAGUUGACUUGUUCUUAUGGUAGUUCAUAAUUGCAUAAUUAAAAUGUAAUACUAUUUCGAUGGUGCUUUUAAAGCGAUGAGUAGGUUAUGGAAAUUUUUUAUUUAGUGAAAAUUUACUUAACACGGCGGUGCAGUUCUGGAUCCUUAAAAUAAGUUGUCAUAAAUAAAAGGCCUUUGGUUCCCCAGCCUGUUAUUUGGGCAGGGUUUGGGAUGCUU